AGAAAGGGGCACCAUCAAUUAAACGGGCCGAAAACGAUUUUAUUCGCUGGCCAAAAAGGGAAAAUUAGCUCACGUCUGCCAGUUGGGAAGGCCCACUUUUUUGAAAUCGGAUGUCCAGUAAACAAUUGUCAGAUUAUCUAUGACAACGAGAAAGCCAAGGAGGCUGAUGCCAUUGUUUUCAAAGAUUUUGUCAACGGGCUACAAGCGUCCACAAAAUCAAAUCUGGAUCUUGUCUCUACUGGAAUCGCCGGCUUAUACGAAGAACUUUAAGCUACUUCAGUACAAAGACAAGAUCAACUGGACUGCCACCUACCGGCACGACAGCGAGAUAGUGACACCAUAUCGCAAAUUUGAUUUUGACCGGCACAUCAAAUCGAAAAACCAGACUGAAAACAUCGCCGCCAAAAAACGGGGCUUCCAAAAUCAUGGCGGUCGUGUUGCGUGGUUUGUGUCCAACUGUGAGGCGCGCAAUAACAGGCGAGCGUAUGCGGAGGAAUUAGCAAAAUAUUAUCCAGUAGACAUCUUUGGUAAAUGUGGAACACGCAAAUGCGACUCAAACCAACCAGAGCUUUGCCGCAGUGUUUUGCAAAAGGACUACAAGUAUUAUUUGGCUUUUGAGAACAGCAACUGCCGGUGGUACAUUACAGAAAAAAUCUGGACUGCACUGGGGUCGGAAGUGGUACCAAUCGUCAUGGGUGCUCCAGUUUCUGACUACGAAGCCGUCGCUCCAUAUCGCUCUUUUAUACACGUGGAUAACUAUGAUCACCCGAAGCAGUUAGCAGCGUAUCUGCAUCACUUGGACAACAAUGACGCGGAGUACAACGAAUAUUUCCGGUGGAUUGGUACGGGAGAACUCAUUGGCACGUUCACCUACUGCCGAUUAUGCACGCUAAUGCAUUCAGAAAUCCCAUGGAGAAAUUACGCAGACAUUCACAAUUGGUGGCAGAUGGGUGGAACGGCAUGCAGCAAUGAGAAGAACAACUUCACACCAACAAACAGAUGAUCAUAAAUAAGGGAGGUGCCCAUAAUUUAAAAAGCGGAUUACAGAUUUUCAGGGCACUUAAUAAUGUCAAUGUUAACAUAACUGUUGGAUUCAGCCGGGAUUGUCCCUUCUAUACUACCAUGGGAUACGGAAUUCACCUACUGACCAGCGGAAUGUUUCCAUUUUCUGUGCAUGUGUCCUUGAAAGCUGCCCUGCUUGCUUUGACCGACUGCAUAAUUCCUUUUCCUACAGGAGAUACGAUGUACAUAGCCUGCUUUCGGCGAUUGCAUUUUAAGGAGACAUGUAUUCGUAUGUGCACUCAGCAUGUGGGUGGAAUUUUGUCGGUACCAUAAUUACGCGUGUUAUGUCGUAUCACAUUUGGAAGCUGUAUCUGUAUAGCCACUUUUAACCGGGGGGUAUAGCUUUCAUGUCCUCAUGGCAUGGGGAAUGCCUUUGGGUUCUUGCUAACAUCUUCAAACUCUUGGCACUUCAGAAUUGUUUUCCGGAAACUGAAAAAACAAAUAGUCAAUUUGUGUACGUUAGUGAACUAGACUUUUUUCGAAUUCGGUAGCACUUUCUGUCUAUUUUGAUAUAA